CACAUGACAAAACAUCACGUGACAUAAUCUCAGGUCACAUGACGCGCGCGGAAUGAUGGCGGCUGUGUCAGUGACCCUGUGUCUGAGCGUCUUCCUCGGGGCUGCGUGGGUCCAGGGGCAGAUUUGCUCGUCUUGCCCCGGUGAUCUGAGGAAUUCGUCCGAAGUGCUGCGUCUUUGUGGGGAGCGGGGAGCGAGGAUACGGGGGAGAUGCUGCGUCAGCCAGGCGGGUGACAGCGAAGUCAUUAUAGGUCUGGACCUGUGGAACUGCUCCCUGGGCCACCUGGACCCUGCGCUCAACCUCUCCGACUCCAUCGUGGUGAUGGAUAUCUCCCAGAAUCCCCUGCUGGAUCUGUCUCAGGAGUUGUUCCGGGGUCUCGCAGACCUGCGCUAUAUAGCGCUGCCGCUAAACCUCAGCUGCCCGGGAGGGAACGACGUGUGGGAGACGGUGACGGCCGGCGUGGAUUCCAGGGUCUGCCAGGACCAGAAGAGCGCCUGUAACGGCUCGGGGGCCUUCGCUUUGCUGUGUCCGGAGAGCUCUCUCUGCGCUCCCGACGGCCCCGGCUACACGCGGUGCGUCUGUGCGCCGGGAUUCCACGGAUACAAGUGUCUGCGGGAGGGUGAGUUUCCGCUGCUCAUGUUCUGCGGGAUUCUCGGCGCGGUGAGUCUCUCCCUCGCCGGCCUUCUGUGGGUCACUCAGCGCAGGAAGGUGAAGAGCCAAUAAUGCAGUUUGUGGGCCGCUCCGCGUUCCCACCGCCCGGGACACGCGGCGGUCUGCACCGGUCUGACGCCUGCCGGAGCUCCCGGCCCUCCGGCCCCUCGUGUCACGGAGCGCUUACCUGGCCCCUCGGACCAAUGGAGAAAAUGAGCGCUGUCUCUGCAGCCCCCGUCUCUGCACACAGCCGUCUCUUACUGUUCUGGAUCUGGAGACCCUCUAUUAUUUCAGGGUGGCCCCCGUGGGCUGUCAGGGUCUGUCACGUUUGAAUUAAACACCUUGAGCCGGGG